AUGUCUGUCAUCGCCGCCGUCGGCCUCCAGGUGGCCACCUCGGCGCUCGUCACCUACCCCUACGAGGUGACCGAGGUGACGUACAAGGCAAACUACCAGCCCCUCCCCAACUCGCCCGCCGCCCUCUCGGCGCCCGGCAGCGUGCGCCUGACCAGCCUCUACUCGACCUUGAAGCACCACCUCUUGUCGUCGCCCCAGGGCGCAUUCGAGCUGCUGCGCGGCGCCGUCCCUUCAUUCCUCUACUCGGUCGCCUACGUCUCCCUCUUCCCCGCUUACGCCUCCCUCUUCAACGCCGUCCUGCCCACGCCCACCCUCGGUGCACCCACCGGCGUCGUAUGGAGGGACGCUCUGCCGUUUGAGGCCCACCGCGCCCUCGCCACCUCGACCUGGCGCGUCGUCCUCCAGCCCCUCACCUCGCUCCUCUACCGCACCCUCCUUGCCCCCGGCUGCCGCGAGCUGGCACCCAUCUUCCCCUCGGUCUCGGCCCUCUGGAACGCAUCCACCCGCACCACCUCGGCCCACCACGUCGACACCUCGUCUUCGUCGUCGUCGCGCGCCGCCACAGAGGCAAAGCAGCGGGUCAACGAGGCCAGCGACCGCGUCGCCCAGUCUGGCGUCGCAUCCCUCUUCCUCCCCUCGGUCUCGCUCCUCGAAUUCGGUCACGGCAUCCUCUCGGCGGCCGCCAACCUCGUCGUCGCACAGGCCGGCCUCCCCAUCCUCUCCUACGCCGCCCCGCAGCACUUCCCCCCCUCGCCGCGCGGAUUCGGGUUUGACGUCCUCAACGCUGCCCUCUGGGCCCUCGGCGGCGUCGCCCUCCGCCUCUCGGCCAUGGCCUUCAGGACCGUCUCGAUCCGCCUCUCGGUUCAGGACACGGCCACCCCGGCGGCAUCGGACGUGGAGGCCUCAUCUGCCUCGGCCGGCACCGGCGACAAGGGCGCCAGCAAGAUUGUCCUGCGACCCAAGAGGUACACGGGCAUCCCCGACGCCUUUGCCUCGAUCGUCCGCGAGGAAGGUCUCGGCGCCCUCUUUAGGGGCUGGGUCGUGGCCCUCAUGCUCGACGUCGUCGCCGUGUCGUCGACCAUGGCCAUGGCAGCCGCCAGCCUGCCGCAGAUGACCGAGGGUCCCUCGUUCUGA